CACACGAACCGAACCCGAUACAGAGAGGAAGGAAAAGUCAUUGGAGUGUCUGCUUACCUGUCUCUGAGCCCCAUCCUGGCCCCUUCUCCCCCAGCACUUUCCCUUUCUCUUUCUCUAAAUGCAUGUCCUCUUGCUCCUGGCUCCUCCCAUUGAAUAACUGCCAAAUAGCUUUGUUUUGUUUCAUAGUAAAGUCCUUCCCAGUGAAGAGAACUUCCUGGUUGGUGUGAGGAGCAGCCGGGACCACAGAGGUGGUGGAGAGAUGGCCCCCAUCUGCGACCAGCUUUCCUUCGUGAACCCAGUCAUCCCCUUCUCUAAGGCCACACAAGGGGGUGACCGGUACACCCUCCGGUAUGGACAUCACAUCAUUAUCAAAGGGAUGUUUCUUCAGUCCUGUGGAACCAGGUUUGCUGUGGACUUCCAGACGGGCUUCAGUGACAAUGACAUUGCCUUCCACUUCAACCCUCGGUUUGAAGAGGGUGGGUAUGUGGUCUGUAACACCAAGCAGAAAGGACAGUGGGGGCCGGAGGAGAGGAUGAUGACAAAUCCCUUCCAGAUGGGAAUUCCUUUUGAGAUCAGCUUCCUGGUGGAGAACUCUGGAUUCCAGGUGAAGGUGAAUGGAAAGGAGUUUACGAAGUACACACACCUCGUGCCUGUACACCAUGUGGACACCAUCUCCUUUACCGGUGGUGUGGAGGUGAAACAGAUCAGCAUCGAGGACACCUGUGCAGUCCCUGUCCAGAGGAUGAUCUCUGAGGUGCAGUCCUACCCCAGUCUCUAUGACUCACCUGAGUCCAAAGAGCAGAAACCAAAACCUCCAAGUUACUGGCAGGCCACUGCAGCUCCCAUUAUGCAAAAGGUCAUCCCUGGACUCAAGUGCCCUGUAAGUCUGCCAGCUCCAGUCAGUACACAACCUCGCUCCCUCUUGCUGGUACAAGUCAGCUGGGAGCCCUGGAGUUCAUGGAGCUGCCUGUGGAGGGGCUGAGGGCAGGUGGCCAUGAUGGGGUCUGGGAGGCAGGAAGUUGCACCAAGGCUGACAGGAGAGGGCAGGGGAAUGGGAGAACCCAGGGGCGGAAGUCUCACACUGGAGCAUCCCCUCUAGAGUGCGUGGGGUCCUGGGGGCAGGCGCAAUCCCACACUGAAUUCCUGAUCUCUUUU